GCAAUCGCAGUGUGAGGCUGUGAUUAGAAGCGCGACCCAGACCAUGGCGUUCUGGAAAGUUCUGCUGGUUCUUUGCGCACUUCCAGCCAUGCUUCGGAUGCAAAAGGUGUUGGACAAGAGGGUGGGAGUCGGAUGGAACAUCUCUCUGCCGUGCCACUUUUCGAACGCGGUUUGGAUCGAGUCACCAGAUGUCGAGCGGGAGAACGACAAGCGGGUCGCGAGGUGGUUGUGGACGCCACUGGGAACCUUGAGCAGAAAGAAAGAGCUCAUUGCCAUGAAGGCCUCAGGGUACGGCUUGCUUGCCGUGCACAAGACGCACUUUAAACAUCGCAUCGCCAUGAAUCUGCAUGCGUUUGAGAGCGGUGACUUCUCGCUGAAGAUCUGGAAGGUUUCCCCAUCGGAUGAAGGCGUCUUCUUCUGCUGCCUCUGGAGUCCCACUCGGCAAGACAACGCGAGCGUGCGGAUGACGGUGCUUGCUGGUGGAAUUGUACCCACAAGGAGAAGAGCAACCACAACGACAACGCAGACGACGAAGACGACGCAGACGACGCAGAUGACGAAGACGACGCAGACGACGCAGGCGACACAGGCUACAUGGGAACGUCAUAACAAUGCUUCCACUGGAGAAGGCGUUGUGCACCACUCCUGCCCUCUCACCCUGCCCGUAACUCUGUGUGGGGUGUCCGCGCUUGUAUUUAUAGGCGCAGUGACCGCAACGGCCGUGAUGCUCAAGCACUGAUAGUUGUACCGUCCAGGGGACUAUAAUUAUUAUUAAAUCUGUAGAUUUCAUGCGUGGGCACACAAAGGACAAGGGGCCAUGCCCAUAGAAAUAUUUAGAGAAGGGUGCAGGCAAGGAAGUUACGAAACUGGGAAUAGGGGUUUGGGGGAAAACCCAAAGAGAUACAUAUUGUCGGGAAAGAGGAGAGGAGAGGAGGGGAGAGGGUAUAUCAUGGGGUGGGAGUGGAAGGCUCAGGUCUCUGGGGAAGAAAAGGUCAACAACCACAUUCAUGCCCUACAAGUACUCGUGUCGGUGUUAUUGGAACGAGAGAGUUCCCUUAGUAGGACGACUCGUGUGGACUUUCCGCUCACACCUACUUACUACGUCGCGGGAUCUAUAACGGGAUUGACUGCGUCGCCGAUGCUGCCCCAUGUCAUAAUAAAACAUGAAUUGGUGAUGCUGCAUUGGCAGUGGUAAACAAGCACAAUUCUUCAUGAAGAAGGGUCAUUGGCCGAAACGUCGAAUGUCACAUUUUGUAUUUUUCAGAGCAGGGUUAUUGACGAAUUUAUUGAGUUUUCAUGUCACAAUAAUAUUUGAAUAUUCUUGGACCUUAAGUGAUGAAUGCUUACCUAGAUCUGUUCUUGCCUCGCUUAGUGGGCCUGGCUCCCACCUCUUGCUGGCUGUCGCUCUGGGCUGUAUGAUGCGCCAGUGUGCGUCCGUCAUGCUCUGUACCUCGCACACGGUUAGUCCAUAGCUGUCAACCCAUACGGUUUAUCCCGUAUUCUUGUACAGGGAAAUUGAGUUUUCAGGUCCAUACGGCAUACAGCCGUUUCAAUACGAGCAAAAAAAAUUAUAUUUGAUUGUGUUUUUCCCUUGUGAUGGCACUUUGUAGGAUGACCGUUGAGAUUUAUAAGGGCACCGGGUGACCAAUAAGGUCCGAAUUGGUUUGUAAUAACGUAGGGCACUGAUAAGGGGUUGACAGGGAUGUUGUACGAGAAAAAACCAUGAAAACAAAACUGUUUCCCUUGCUGAGGACAUUCCCACAAAAUUGCCACCUUUUAUGAUUAACACAUUUAGAAAAAUGCCAUCAAAUACAAACCAAAAUCUUCCGGAAAAGAUGGCUUUCUCCAUCUGUGUAUAUGUAAAUGCGAUGUUAAACGAAUGGCGUCAUAGUCCCUUAAGCCACGCCUACAGCCUCGUCGCAGUGACGUCACCUAACGGGGUUUCACGACGCCGUGAUGACGACACCGUCGGUGAAGUCCCCCGCAUCCCACGGCAUUGACUCAGCCCGGUUGGUACCGACAUCACGACUCUGCUCAAGCCUGGGCGUGUAUCCCAAAGGGCCGUCCAUAAAUGACGUCACGCACUUAGGGGGGUGGGGUCAGACAUUUGUGACGAUUAUAUUCUUAGGUUUUUUUCGGUAAAGUCACGUAAGUAAAAAAUUUAAAUUAAUAAAAGUAAAAUAAAAUAAAAAUCACGACUUUUCGGAGGCAACACAAGCUUCCGUCUUCAGGUGGAACCUUCACAGCCACGACAACUGUAUCACGUAAAUGAGAGAUUACAAGAGCUACCACUUCGUAUAUAUAAUGGUUGAAGAGAUUUUUAUUUUAUUUUACUUUUAUUAAUUUUAAUGUUUUACCUACGUGACUUUACCGAAAAAACCUAAGAAUAUGAAUCCUUGCAGUCACGAAAGCUUCAAAUCUAGAAUUUGUGACGAUGUGUGACGAGAGGGGCGGGGGUUUGAGAAAUGUGACGUCACAUCAAAAUGCGCAACUUUAAAUAAAUAUAAACAACACGUUCUACUUAAUUAAAUAGACUUUUUAAUAAAUGUUUUCUCCUACAAUAUCAGAGUGCAGCGCCACAUUAAAUAGGCACUACAAUGACAAUAGUUUAAAGCGAUUUGAAGCAUGUGUAUUUAUUUUGGGGGGGAGGACAGAGCUUUGUGACGUCAUAUUUGAGGGGGGUCUGACUUUUUGUGACGCCAUGUGACGAGGGAGGAAGGUCAAACAUCGUCCAAAAUCGCGUGACGUCAUUUAUGGACGGCCCCCAAGCAAAAGUGAGGGCAGCGCUAUGAAUGAUGUGAAGGCACGAUUAUCCGGAUUUCUGGUGCGUUGAGAUUUUUGCAUCAAAGUUUACAUGUGUAACGAGCGUAUGUGACGCAGGAGAAGUUGAUGGAGGCAACACGUAUUUAUUACAAAUAAAUUCAAUACAUCAGAGUAACGACUCUAACACUAGAAGAGGUAUCGGCCUCUUCACCCGGUCUAUUAGAGGAAGUGUUCCCCAGCUAACGCUCCCCGUUAACUCCCUACUCCCCUCUAUCCCAGACCUUCCCCAAAUGUAGGCGAGCUAACCUGGCCCAGCUACGGUGCAGGUUCCGACCCUCAGCCACACGAGUCUGGCCCUUACAAGGAUAUCGGACCUCGCUGCCCUGAGGUCGCCCACUGGCUUGCCCUGCUCGGCUCUUACAAGAACAGCGAGUCAGGGUAGUUCCAGGUCUAGCUAGCUGGCCUUCAGUCUUCACUGGCUCUUCAUCUUGAUCUGUACCCAGCGACUGCCUCGAGCUCUCUCGCUCUCCUCCGCCUUAUAUACCAACAUGCCCUCGAGGGGCGGGGCUGUGUGGGAUCCCAGCCUCCCCCCCACACAGCCCCCCAGGGUGGUGACCGUUUGCGGACGUGGAUGUAGACACCCCAGUGUAACUGCCCGUUUCUCCCCGUUACGGAACACCUCUACACAUGUGAAUAAAGCCUCGUUCAGUC